AUGAGUAGUGAUGAUGAGCAAUAUCAAGAAGAAGAAGAAGAGGACGAUGAAGAUGAUCAUUAUUAUGUUGAUCCAUCAUUCGAACCUUUUACACCAAGUGCAACAUCGUCGACAUCGUCAGAACAUCAGUUACAAUCGUCAAAACGUUCGAAACCUUAUUUACCACAUGAACAACCAUCAAUGUUACCAGCUGGUACCCAUCAACAAGAUAACAAUUUCGAAUAUGUUGUUUUAACUCAAGAAGAAAUUUGGAAAUAUAUGGAAGAAUGUAUUAGAGAAGUGAACGAAGUUAUCAAAUUACCAGAGACAACUGUUCGUUUGUUAUUACAUCAUUUUCGUUGGGACAAAGAAAAAUUAAUGGAACGUUUCUAUGAUCCACAUCAUCAAGAUGAGUUAUUCCGUCAGGCACAUAUUGUUAAUCCAUUUACAAAACAGCAGCAGCAGCAACAACAACAACAACAACAAGCACAUACACACUUUCAACGACAUACACGUCGACAGAAUUCAACAGCCAGUGCAUCGGCAUCACCAUCAACAAAUAUUCUUUCAAAUCCACUGAGAAUUGAACAUCAAAUGUGUACCAUAUGUUGUUGUACAAAACCAUCAAAUGAUAUGUCCGGUCUUGAAUGUGGACAUGCAUUUUGUACUAGUUGUUGGCGAAGUUAUUUAACAAUGAAAAUAAUGCAUGAAGGUAUUGGACAAACAAUUCCUUGUCCAGCUAAAUGUGAUAUUUUAGUUGACGAUGGAAAAGUUUUAGAGUUAAUUAAGGAUCAAGAUGAUGUACGACGAAAAUAUCAACAUUUAAUAACAAAUAGUUUUGUGGAAUGUAACCGAAAUAUGAGAUGGUGUCCAGGGAAAAAUUGUACAAAUGCCAUUAAAGCCCCAUAUUGUGAUGCACAAUUAGUAACAUGUACAUCUUGUCAUACAUCAUUUUGUUUUCAAUGUUCGGAACAGUGGCAUGAACCAAUCAAAUGUAAAUGGUUAAAAAAAUGGCAUAAAAAGUGUCGCGACGAUAGUGAAACAUCAAAUUGGAUUGCAGCGAAUACAAAAGAGUGUCCAAAAUGUCAUGCAACAAUAGAGAAAAAUGGUGGUUGCAAUCAUUUGAUAUGUAAAAAUUUGAGUUGUAAAUAUGACUUUUGUUGGGUAUGUUUGGGUGCAUGGGAACCACAUGGUUCAUCAUGGUAUAACUGUAAUCGUUUCAAUGAAGAUGAUGCUAAAAAAGCACGUGAUGAACAAGAACGUUCUCGUGCCGCUCUUCAACGUUAUUUACAUUAUUAUAAACGUUAUAAUAAUCAUCAUGAAUCAUUACGUUUAGAAAGUAAGUUAUUAGAACAAGUACAAAAACGUAUGGAGAUAUUACAACAACAAAUGUCAUGGAUUGAAGUACAAUUUUUACAAAAUGCUUGUGAAGUACUACGACAAUGUCGUCAAACUUUAAUGUAUACAUAUCCAUUUGCAUUUUAUUUAAAACGUAAUAAUAAUUCGAUUAUUUUUGAACAAAAUCAAGCUGAUUUAGAACAUGCUACGGAAGAAUUAAGUGGAUAUUUAGAACGAGAUAUUUCAGAAACAAUAAAUUUAAGUGAAAUGAAACAAAAAGUACAAGAUAAAUAUCGAUAUUGCGAUAACAGAAGAAAAGUUUUAUUAGCUCAUGUUUAUGAGGGUUAUGAUACUGAUUAUUGGGAAUAUUGUGAAGAUGCUUAA